GGAGCCGCCGCCUGCGAUGUGACCACGCGUGUGCCGGACUAACGUUGUUAUGACAUCGCGUGCAGCGCUUUGUCCAUGCACGGCUGUCGAGUCACGGGGCUCGGAUGACCACGAUGCUGGGUUCAGACCGGGACGGUCCUCCACGGAGAUCUCUGUCCGUUCGCUACGGCAGAGCUCCGUGUAUGAGUGAGGCUGCGUGUCGGGCCCCGGAGCGUCCGGGGCUGGAGACGGUGACGGUGUGCGUGCGCCUCGUGCGCUCCUUCGAGCACCGUAACUUCCGCGAGCUCGUCUUCCACGACGUCGCGGUCUCGCAGAGCGUGCGGGACUUCAUGAGCUUGCUUCUACGGGAAAUUCCGACAAGAGCACAGCUGCCUCCUCCAUUUAAGAAACACACUUACGAUACUCUCAAGAUUAUUCAUCAGGCGCACGGCGCAAAGACGAAUGAGCUGGUGGUGAGCCUGGAGGACGACGAGCACCUGCUGCUGCACGAUGAGCAGACGCUGCACGACUCCGGCGUCCGUCAUGAGACGGUGCUGGCAUUCUUUCUGCUGGCGGACUACAACAAGUACAAGAUUAACCCAACCAUGACCUGGUGAAGGCCUCUCUGGGUCUCAUCACCACGUCCCGAUGAAGACCUUCAUUGCUACGCCGAGACGGAGACCUCAACACGCAGUCACCACGUCUUAAUGAGGUCCUUUGUGGACGUUAUCGUUAAGUCUUGACGAAGGCCUCUCAGGAUCCCUUCGUAUCUUGAUGUUGUCCUCUCACUGUCUCGAUUGUCAAGACUUCUAGACCCCAUCAUGUCUAGAAGAAGGCUUCUCAGGACCUUGAUGAACCUCAUCGUAUGCCUCUGAACCACAUUUUUCGCCCAAAUCUGAUUGUAAAGACCUCUUCAAAUUUCGCUUUGGUGUCAAAACCCCCAACCAAGGCCACUUUGUGUAUCUGAAAAAAAGGUGAAUGUUUGGGAUGAUAACAGAAGAGGUGGUCUUUGUCCAUAUUGGCAGAUAAUCAUUCCCCCUUGACCCCCUCCCACCACGCAAUUUGAUGAAUUGUCACCAUACGAUUGUUCAAUUUAUCUUCCCGUCAUCGUGAACUGAGCACCUCUCAUGGCUGCAGGUAUUACUCGACCCAAUUAAAUACCACGUGUACGAACAACAAGCCGUUGAUUAUUACUUACGCAGUUCAAUCAGUGCAUAUCAAGUGUGGGUGCAGCGGUGGGGCAGUGGUUAGCACACUUGCGCUAUGGUGAAGUAUGGUCAAACAGCAACCCCCGUGACUGACACGAUAUGGGGGAGGUCUUCAUCCAAGAGUGAAUUAACAAAGAAGCCGUAGGUUUAAGUUGCUUUAAGCAUAUGCAGGAGGUUGUGGGUCCGAUCCCGACCCUGACGCCUGUAUAUUUGUAGUUUGCAUGUUCUCCCCGUGGUCAUGUGUAUUUUUUCCGGGUCCUCCGGUUUUUCCCUCCACAUUUAGAAACAUGCAUUUAGAGUAUUUGGCUGCUUUAAAAUUCAACGUGAUAAGCCACUUCGUUGAGCUAUCAUUUUGUGGCCAGGUCGCUUCUGAAAAAUAUCUAUACAGCUAAGUGAGCCUUACCUGGUAAAAUAAAAAGUAUUAGUUGCAUAGCUUAAGAAUCGAUGGUGCGUUGGUGCAUCAUCAUUACUUGCAUGCUGUUCAUUGACAUCUGUUACAUAUAGUCCAUGAGCUCAGAGCAGAUAUCCCAUUUGUCGGUACCACCCCAUGUGGCGUAACGUCCGUGGUUCCAAUUUAUUCAUGCGGCCAAUAACUGAAUUAUGUGGUCACCAUGUGAAAUAAGUGGGGUAAUAAAUUAAAUCCCUGGUAUUUUGCCACGGAAAUAAAUCUGUCGUAAUGUUUUACUACAUUGUGGUGGUACCAAUUUCCGCUCUGACCCAUUUGCGAGUAAAAUGUUAAAUAGUUGCUCUGUGAUGAGCACAAUGGGGUGCGUUCAAAUUGGAAAGCAAUAAACAUGCAUGGGUGUUCAAUCACAGGGCUGCAUUCCCACGUUAUCGGCUGUGUUUUUUCUCUUCGUAAUACAGUGUUGUAUACCAGAGCGUGAAGGCUCCUUAAAUGUAAGCUUUUGAUAUAUCAGCUGGGAUUGAAUUCUCGGCGGUACCAUUUCGGGUAGCGCAGACGUAAAUAAAUAGGUCACGAGAAAUCUGGGGCUCAAUUCAAAAUGAUUGUUCAGAGGUGCAUCACCGUGAUUUCCCAGUAUUUAUUGAUUUUUCUUGUGUCAAACCAGACCACCCAGCUACAAUAAUUUAACACUCAGCUGAUAAACACUCGUAAAGUUUAAACUUGUCAACUGUUUGCGUGGUUAAGCAGACUGCUACGUAAAAAUACGUUGCGCCAGAAUUUAUAAUGACUUAUGGACCUGCAAUGAUUUCGGGUGAUGAAGCAAGCACUUUUUUUUAAUUUCAUGUUUUAUUUUCACAAUCAUUGUACAGCACCGUCAAUACUGAAGGAGAUCAUAUUGAAUCACUGGUGCCACGUAUUACUGCAAUAAAGCGAGCCAGUAUUCUCAAAAUGUAUUCAAUGUGAAAUCUUCCAACGACACAAUCUGCAAGCUAGCAAUACAUUCUGAGCCUCGUCGUUCGCCAUCGGGGCCGGUGUCAGGGGGAGGGGGGUGCCGACGAGGAGGAGCGGGUAUUGGGAUGGGCCCUACACCGCCAAAGGUCCCUUUGCCCCCCCCCCCCAAGUUCACUCUCCUUGUAUGUUGUAUAUGUAUGUAUGUUGAACUUAUUUCGCACCGUACGUAGCCAACCGUGUUGAUCAGAGUUGCGCGGGAAGGAAAAGCAACUAAACAAUGCAGUUCUAAAGAAAUUAGUUUUCAACCUAUGUUUAAAAGUGCAUAACUGCAGCGGCUGAAGAGCGUUCCAGACGGCCACAGAAGCGCAUCUGAAAGCGCGCGAUGCAGUGGCCGCCUUUGUUCGAUGGUUAGUUCCUCAGUGGUGAGUCACUCAUACGGUGACCUCCACACAUACAACAACCCUUCUGCCCCCCGCAACUCAAGAGGUGCUGGAGCCGGGCCCAAUCGGAGCCCUAGUCUUGUCGAUGAUGAAUCACACGUAUUGUCUGCGAUGGGUGAAAGUGAAGCUUUGUUACAAUUAAAAUCUAAAUGCAUCCAAA